AUGUCGUCGAAUGAAUCUGGUUUCACUGGAACUGGAACAGGUGGGGAUGUUUUUCAAGUAGAUUUAAAUCAACAAUUUCAACAAGGUGAUAUGGUAUGGAUUGCCAUUGCUGCAGUUAUUGUAUGGUUAAUGAUACCAGGGGUUGGAUUAUUAUAUUCAGGUUUAUCAAGAAAAAAACAUGCAUUAUCAUUAAUGUGGGCAGCUUUAAUGUCAGCAUGUGUAACAACUUUUCAAUGGUUUUUUUGGGGUUAUUCAUUAAUUUUUGCUCAUAAUGGUUCACAAUUUAUUGGUACUUUACAAAAUUUUUGUUUAAAAGAUGUCUUGGGAGCACCAGCAGUUGCUUCAACUUUACCAGAUAUUUUAUUUUGUUUUUAUCAAGGUAUGUUUGCUGCAGUAACUGGUAUUUUGAUGGUUGGUGCAGGUUGUGAAAGAGCAAGAUUAGCUCCAAUGAUGAUUUUCUUGUUUAUUUGGUUAACUAUAGUUUAUGCACCAGUUGCUUAUUGGACUUGGGGUGGUAAUGGAUGGUUAGCUAAUUUAGGUUCAUUAGAUUUUGCAGGUGGUGGACCAGUUCAUGAAAAUUCAGGAUUUUCAGCUUUAGCUUAUUCAUUAUGGUUAGGUAAAAGACAUGAUCCAGUUGCUCAAGGUAAAGUACCAAAAUAUAAACCUCAUUCAGUUAGUUCAAUUGUUUUAGGUACAUGCUUUUUGUGGUUUGGUUGGUUUGGAUUCAAUGGUGGUUCAACUGGUAAUGCUAAUAUGAGAUCAUGGUAUGCUUGUGUAAAUACUAAUUUAGCUGCUGCUAGUGGUGGAUUAACUUGGAUGUUUAUUGAUUAUUUUAGAACUGGUGGUAAAUGGUCAGUUGUUGGUUUAUGUACUGGUGCAAUUGCUGGUUUAAUUGGUAUUACUCCAGCAGCUGGUUUAGUUCCAGUUUAUACUUCAUUAAUAUUUGGUAUUAUACCAGCUAUUAUUUGUAAUUUUGCAGUUGAUUUAAAAGCAUAUAUUGGAAUUGAUGAUGGUAUGGAUGUUUGGGCAUUACAUGGUGUUGGUGGGUUUGUUGGAAAUAUUUUAACUGGUAUUUUUGCAGCUGAUUAUGUUGCAAUGAUUGAUGGUGUUGAAAUUGAUGGUGGUUGGAUUAAUGGUAAUUGGAAACAAAUUGGUUAUCAAUUUGCUGGUAGUAUAUCAGUUGCAGCUUGGUCAUUUAUUGUAACAUCAAUCAUUUUAUUAAUUAUGGAUAGAAUUCCAUUUUUAAAAUUAAGAUUAAAAGAAGAAGAAGAAAUGUUGGGAACUGAUUUAGUUCAAAUUGGAGAAUUUGCUUAUUAUGAUGAUAAUCAAGAUCCAGAAACUUCACCAUAUUUAUUAGAACCAGUUAGAUCAACUGAAGCAUUAAAAGAAAAAUUAAAAGCUACAACUUCAAGAAAACAAGAAGGUGUUGUUGAAACUGUAGCUGAAGAAAUUGAUGGGGUUGCUACUACCAGUGAUGAUCAUGAUGAAAGUCUUGAUAGUGAAACCAAAAAAUAA